ACAUUGUUUUUCCACUGGUUUGCGAUAUUCUUAAAGGCGUGACGUCAUACCAAAACAUGCCACGCCGUAAGGGACAAGGAAUCUCCCCUACAAAGAGGACAACACACAACAGAGAUGACCUUCAGUCGAAGAAGAAGGCAGUUGACAACAACGAGGAUCCAGGAGGUGGUGGUGUGGUAUAUACAGGAAUGGGGGGUGGUAAUGGAGUUCCAAAUGAUGACAGCUAUUCAUCCUCUAACUCUUCCAAGUUGAUGGACAUUACUUCAUCCUCCUGUGAUCAUAAUAACAGCAAGUACCUGCACAAGAAGUUCAAGAAAAUGGCAACAGCUUCACCUGUUACUGCUCCUUCCCAAGAGAUCGCUGCCAAUGACACUGUCAUCAAUGGUAUUGUGUUUGGUCCUGUAAGGACAGUUGAACCUGCUAUUGCAUUGUUCAAGAUAUCAGAUUCCUUCAUCAAAACACCAAAAACUGUCACUGUGACUGAAGGGUUAAAGGGUAGAAUAGGAUUUGAAAGUAGGUCUUCACCCAAAGCUACAUCAAGAGGUGCCUCUCCUUCAGUGUUGAUGACAACUACAGUUCUUCCUGCACCCCUUCUUGCACCUGUUUCUUCAAACAGUUCUUCAUCUUCUUCUUCAUCAUCAUCAUCAUCAUCAGUGCCUCAGCAGGGACGUUAUGUGUGUCCAUACUGCAAAUUAGCAUGUGCCAAGCCCAGUGUACUCCAAAAGCAUAUCCGUGCCCACACAAACGAACGACCUUAUCCCUGUGAACCAUGUGGAUUUGCUUUUAAAACAAAAAGUAACUUAUAUAAACACUGUCGAUCAAGAGCACAUGCUCUGAAGAUGGAGGAGGAAGGUUCCAACAAUGGGACAAAAUUCAACUUGCCAUCUGCCGAGUCAUCGGAUGUCGAGGAUGAUGAGGAUGAGAACUACAGCAACAGUACUCCACCACCGUCAUCUAUAAAUAAUGCUUCGACUACAGCUAACACAACAGCUCACUGUAAUGACUUCAGUUUAUCUUCAAAUAUCCCCAGCUACAUUACAGCUACUACAACAGUAACUACUGCCACAACAAUCAGUACAAUAUCAGCUGUGUCAUCAACCAGUGAAAGUACCAACAGUCAAGACAAACCAAGACAAAUCUACAAACCUAAAUUCCACAAAGCAGCUUUGUACCAAGAAGAAGAGCAGCAGCUAGCAGCAGAAAUUGCAAUGACAGCUAAAAUUAAAACAGUCCCUAGUAACACCGUCAUUACUACUCAGUCAUCAUCUUCAUGCCUCAAGACUCCAUCUCCAGCCCAUUUUACUCCAACAUCCUCCCUGAUCUCCAGCCUGAAGACCCCAUCUUCUCCAAGCCCAGAGUUACUCCAUCAGCACAUCAAUAAGAUAAUUAGUGAUAACCAAGCAAUUGUGGAAACUGUAGACCCACAUUGGUCUAAGAAGUUUCUUCAGCGUCAGAGUAGCAGAGAGCAGUUGAGGGAAGGAUCACCUCGAAGUCCCUUAUCACCUGCAUCUUCUCCAGGAAUUGAUGUAGCAACACAGUGGCCCAAAAAAUUCUUCCAUCGUCAAAUGUCACUUAAUGAAUCAGAGAGAGUUAAAUUAUCUUUUCAACAGGCAUCACAGUCAAAACUUGCACUUGCCCUUCUUCAGCCCAGUAAUAGGCAUGAGUCAGCUUCAUUGUCACCAAGACCUUUAGAGAGUCCUGUAUCAACUGUCUCAACCACACCAGAUCAAUCAUUAUCAUAUCAGCAACCUCUGAAUCUCUCAACAACGCACAACACAAGCAGCAAAAUAAAUAGUGAGGAUCCCAACUCCAAUGUUCAUCGAAAACGUUGUUUCUCUGAAGGCUUUUCAAACACUGGAGCUGUAAAGAACCAAACUAUGAAUUCAGCUACUGUUCUCAAAGAUCACAAUAUACUGACUACAGCAAAUUACCAUCGUGGGCAAUCCAAUUCAAAGCUUGCAAGACUGGAUGGCUCCAUCAUGAACAUAUCCUGCAUAGAAGGUGGACUGAAGAAUCAUACCAAUGAAAAACUUCUAUACCAUCCACAAAAUCCUGAAGGUUCAAUCAUUUGUGGGAUGGCAGACAUAAUUUCAAAUAUGGAAACCUCCAGCAGCAUACCAUCCAAUAUGUCAUGCCUCCAAUCCUCAAACAAUUCUGAUGAUGAUGCAUAUCUUUCAAACUCUCAAUAUGUUUGUUCUUUAUGUAAAAUACCUUUCCGAAAUGCACAGAAUCUAGAAAUUCACCAGCGAUAUUAUUGUAAAGGAGAAAUUAGUUUGAAAGUAAUGCACAAUGCAUCACCACAACACAGUCCAAAUGCUGCUAUGAAAUAUGGUUCAGUUUCAUCACAUUCUUUAGAUUUGCAGGCACAGAUAAUUGGAAGUAGUGAGGAUGUACGCAAGGCUGGUCAUGCAGUAAAAGGUUCUGGAAUGCAACUAUUAAAUAUUGCCAAGGUGUCUUCCAAAAUUGGGAAACAAGAAUUCAAACCAUCACCAUUAACACCCCCUUCAAGGGAUAGUGGGAAAUCUUCAACAUUAGUGAUGCCUCCUUUUCCAUCACCAGGCCCCCUUCUUGGGAAUACACCUCUUGUGGACAGCUACCACCAACUUAGCCUUCAACAGCAGAAGAAGAGGGAAGACAGUGAUAAUGAAGAAAUACUAGAGGACCUACAACACAAAGGUCCUCUUUUAAAGAGGCGAAGGCUUGAUUCAGAACUUUCAAGAGACACCAGCUCAACAACAUCCUCACCUGACAUCCGACCACUGUCAACCACACCACAUUCUGGCAUCAUGUCUCCCUCAGCUACUACUCUGAGAUCUUUGGAAGAACUUUCCAAGUGCCCAAUGCGUCCUAAUUCUCUUCAGAUGUUUGGAGGCGAGGUUCAGAUCCUUGAUGGUGCUGGUGAAACAAAGACAAUGAGAAUUGAACCAUCAUCCCGAGGAGGCAAGAGUCCAGGAGCACCUGGAGGUGCUGCUGAUCUGAUUCUCAGUCUCCCCAAUCACAUACAUCCUGGAGGAGUACUGAUAUCUUCUGCAAGCAGUAAAGGAGGAGCAGAGUGUGAUGAUGAAGUAGUACCUAGCAAUGUUUCCCCACACAUUGUUGUCACGAUUGCAAGAUCUGGCCUUCAUUCUGGUGGAACCAUUGUUCAGGUGCCACAGAAGUUAUCAAAUAAUUCCUGCACUGUGUCCAGUGGGCUUGUGAAACCCCCUCGGACAUCAGGUGGCAGCAUCAAUCCUAUAAAUGCCUCCAGUCCAAGAAAUGUUACAUCACCACUUCCAAAACAGCAACAGAAGAAUGUCAGUGGUGGGGGAAUGAUAUUGAAUUCUGCCUCUCCAUCAACAUCUCCUUACUGUACUGGAACACUACUAACUUCAAAUACAAACACAAUCACUAACACCUUUCCAGACACAACCAAACUUCUUGUACCCAUUGUGCCAAAUAUUGCUACUCCAAACUUGGCAGUACCAGGGAUUCCAGCCCCAAAUCUUGGUCAUCAUUUGCCUUUCAUGCCAUUUGCACCUUUCCUGCAAGAUGGUGCACUGUUAAAUCCUCUGACUAGUAUCACAGCUUACAACCCACUGACACUGCCUCCACACUCUGGCAUUCUUCAACAAUCUUCUCAUGUCUUACAAAGUCUAUCCCAUGCUCAAACCAAGGACAAGAAGAGUCCAGGAGCUGUCUGUUCUUCACCAAUCCCACGAGACAGCAGUGUCCCACCUCCUCCCUACUCUGGUGGAGUUGUGACCAUCCUUCAUGGUGGGAAAGCAAUUCCUUAUGUUCCUGGAAUGCCUGGACCGCAUACCUUACUUCCAACAGUACCAUCUCCAGUUUCAGUCAGAAAAGAGUCAUCACCACAACCACUUGAUCUUGCAAGUCCUUCACGAGAGUCACAUUCUUCGAAAAUCACAGAUCAAACCAAGGUAACUCAGCCAUCUGUAUCACUUCUUCCUAAAAACUUGAAAGUUUCCAUUACAUCAUAUAUAAACACUGUGGCCCCAAUUCCAUCUAGUCAUUAUCUGAAAGAUGAUCUUCCAAGAAUUGUCAAUUCUAAGGUAUCUGCAAGCACUUUGCUGAAGAUACCCAAAACUCCCUCACAGCUGAUACCAAGUAUUAAAAUUGAUACACCUUUACCAACCACUAAUCAUUGCACUGACAGUACUAUAGGCGAAGAAGCUACACAGAAUACCACAAACUCAGCAUCUCCUGUACAGAAAAUGUCAAAAGGAAUAAGACCAGAUAUUGUACCAAUGAUGGCACCAAAAGAAAUUGGAAGUGAGAAGGAGGAAAAGUCGAGUAAAGAGUUGGAAGAUGGAAGAGCAAAGAAGAAUGAAAAAGGAGAUGAAAAUGCUGAGCAUUCCAAGACCAAAGGAAGCAAUAGUGGGAUCAGACCAAAGUUCCUCAGACCAACAACACUGCCUUUGAAGCCAGGGACAUUUGUUCCAAAGAAGCAUCAUGGAACAGGGCUUACCCCAACAGGAACAGUUCUGUCACUCGUCAGUCCUGAGACACCACGUCCCAGGAAAUCAUAUGGGCAGCUGUACUUGAAUGGGCAUGCAUACACUUACUUAGGCCUCAAAUGUUCAACAAGAGUCUUCUACUGCACGCUGAACAGGCCUCAGCCAAUGUAUGUGCCUCAAACUCCUGAACAUGCCAAACUGUCCAUGUACUCCAAUUGGAAGGUUUGUCUUGAAGCUGAUCCAAAUCCAUUCGGAUUAGAUCCGGGGCAUGCAAUGGCAUUCUAUGAUUCAAGACAUCGACCUACAGCUUACACUAUUGCCAAACCAUCUGAAAAUAAGCCCAUGAUACUGACUCAUUCAUCAUAUUGGCUGGAAAGAAACCAGGUGCAACAAAGUGAAAAGCUGAAAGCUGAUAAACCUCAUGGGGAUACAGGGAAAGACACUGGGACCAAGACAGAUGGAGCCGAGAAUUCAGGUUUGACAGGUGAGCCUGCACCACGCAGAGUCAAGAUUUUUGAUGGAGGUUUUGAGUCUAAUGAGGACUACAUAUAUGUCAGGGGAAGAGGCCGUGGUCGUUACGUGUGUGAGGAGUGUGGAAUUCGAUGCAAGAAACCAUCUAUGCUAAAAAAGCAUAUACGGACUCACACUGACGUUCGACCUUUUACAUGCAAACACUGCAGCUUCAGCUUUAAGACAAAGGGUAACCUAACUAAGCACAUGAAGUCCAAGGCCCAUUACAAGAAGUGCAUGGAGCUUGGAAUAGUACCAGUACCAACUGUUGUUGAUGACAGCUAUAUUGAUGAAGAGUGCCUUUCUAGACAGCAAGCAUUACGAGCAUCUCAACAUGGAGAUGGAGAAACAGAUUCAGAUGAAAAUGAAGAAGAGGAAGAGGAUGAAGAAGAUGAAGAGGAAGAUGAAGAAGAGGAACAGAAUCAGGCUGAUGGAGAUGAUACAAACAUCGGUAAGGGUAAACUUGAACGUGAAGCUGUGCGUGGUCUGCUGAGUCUGUCGGAGUCUACGCGUGUUAACUCAUCAUCAGGCCAGUACAUCUCAGCAGGGUUGAUCCCCCUCUCUUCAACCUGUGGCCGCCCCACUACAUAUCCCUACAGCUUGACUCUACUCAUACCGAACUGCCAUGAAACUUCUUUCAAUACACCACAGACACCAACCCUAACAGCAGUGAGUGCUCAGACAGAGCGAGAAAAGGUAUCCAGAAACACUGGAUUAGCACUGGAGUUGCAUAGUGGGGGGGAAGGAAAGUUAAAGGAAGAGGGGAGAGGGUCCAGUAUGAUCCGCCGGAGGGGUAACGCAGCUGCACUUGUUCUGAUUCCACCACAGCAAGGUGAUACCAACAGGUAUUAUUUUCCUUCAUGUCGCACACCAACCAUACCAGUUGCAAUGUUUAGCAAAAAUGUGACAGAUGACAAACCUUCGGUUGACUAUGGAUCAGAUUCAGACUAUGAUCAGGAUAAUUCAAGUGCAGCAUACACAGAUGAUGAGGACAGUGAGAGGAGUGACAAUUCAGAGAGAGACAAACCUCUUUCAGAAAGAAGUACAAAUGAAAUGGAAACAAUAGAGGCUAACUCAUCAGGCUCCUUGCAGCCAAUGGAUCUCAGUAAUAAAACUCAAAUGACAUCAAAUUCAAGGAAAACUUUAACAAACUUAAUCCCUUACAUCCCUCCUUCUCUAUCAACAAAUGGUGCCAGGACUCCUACUACUCCAAUCUCAGAGAUACUGACACCUGUAUCAGAACCCGCCAUUCUCCUUGCUUCGUUAUGCAGCUCAGUGGAACGUUUUCCAGUUCCCAAUACAAUGCUUGCGCACAAAUAUCCUGACCCAGCAGAAACCACAAUGCUCCAAGCUUAUCUUACAGAACUUGCGUUGCAAGAUGUACGCAUGAAGCAGCAUCAGUACCAUCACCAUGGUUACAUCACAACAACAUGCACAACAGUGUCAUCAUCAUCAUCAUCAUCAUCAUCCACUGCAUCAAUACCAAUGCAAGAAAUAACUGUUGUAACAAGAUCCUUGUCUCUACAGAAACCUUCAGUAGAUAAGGAAACUACUCCAAAAGAAAAUGGCAGGGCUGUUCCUAUCAGGAUACCGUGGCCUGCUGGUGAAGUAUUCAGUGUAGGGAUUAAAGAUAUGGAGUCUGGUGUGUCAGAAAAAGUGAACAUUCAGGAGUCUUUAGAACAAGUAAAUGGCUGUAAAACACUAGCAUCAAGCAGUGAUGCUGAAAAUGAAAAGAGUUUAGCUUCCUCUGAAAAGACAAAGGUCAAGGAAAGUGCAUUACUGAAAAUACCAACAUCCACAGUUGGUGAAAACAUGUCUUCGACAAAAAUGGGCCUGGUACCAAUGAGCAGUAAUAAUAUUGUAAGGAAUGUUGUGGUUGGUGGGAUUGGAUUUAGUGGACACCAGCCGGCUUCCCCUCCAACCUCAACAACAAGUGCUACCAUUGCCACCAAAACCUCAUCCCCAACAAAACCCAAAGCUGAAUUCUUACCUCCUUCAAGUGGACCAUCACCAAGUUAUGUCAGCAUGAAGGAGGAUGGACGUAGCAUUUGUGUCAUCUGUAAUAAAAUCUUUUCCAAGCCAAGUCAGCUCCGUCUCCAUGUUAACAUCCAUUACUUUGAACGCCCAUUCCGUUGUGAGUCAUGUGCUGUCUCUUUCCGCACCAAGGGACAUCUUCAGAAACAUGAACGCUCUGUUAGUCACCAGAACAAAGUAAGCAUGAACUCAACUUUUGGUACCCCAACCACUAUGAACCCACGUCCUUUCAAGUGUGAUGACUGUAAGAUCGCAUUCCGUAUUCACGGACAUCUGGCGAAGCACCUGCGAUCCAAAAUGCACAUCAUGAAGCUUGAAUGUGUUGGGAAGCUUCCAUUUGGUACAUAUGCUGAAAUGGAACGUGAAGGCAUAAGCCUUAAUGAAAUUGAUACCACUGACUGUGACAACUCACUGGAGAGUCUUCAGGUCCUUGCUCAGAAACUGUAUGAGAAAGAUCCUACCAAACUUGGUCAAUGGGAUGGUGAGAGAGGUGAGAUUCUGACAUCUCAUCCCCUUCCACAAAUGAGUGGGGGUGAGACAUCAUCAGAUGAAGGCGAGCCUCUGCUGGGAUGUCACAGUCCCCCUAACAUUAUACACAGCAGUGGAGCUGGUGUCCAGGUCCCUGAACUUGGUCCAAACCGUGACAUUCUGCUGUUACGUUCAGGUGUUACAAAUGUUAGCUUCAUUAAGCAAGAGUUUGGGUAUGAGAAGAGAGAAGAUACUUCUUCCCUUAGUGGAGACCCCAGUUGCAAACACGACAUGAGGAAAGAUAUUUUGAACCAAAACCCAUCAAAACUCUGUAUGUCUACUGAAAGUGUUGAAUCCUCCACCCACGGCAACAGGGAAUUUGUUACUAAUCGCAGUACUUCAGAACACUUAGCUUCUAACUACCAGCAAGAAAUAAGCGAUGUAAACGCUUCAGAAAGGAACAAUGCAGUCAUUAAACCUCAACAAAGUACAAGGUGUCCCUCUGCACGACAAUUUAGCCAAAAUCAAUUAAAUAAACCAGAGCAUGUAUUUCCGGUGUCUGAAGUAGAUGGAAAUAAAGGUAACGGUGAUCAGCUGUCAAAUUAUGAAGUGGAGAGAGCAAAUGGAGUGGAAGAGUCCUUGAAUGUAAGACAGAGGGGUGGGAACAUCAGUGACAUUCAGCAUCCACAGGAAGCAGACUACGAGGAUGCCUCUGAUGGGGAUAAUGAUGGUGGACCAAACUCCAGGUUCAGCUGUUCACUCUGCAAGCAGACAUUACCUAAUCUCGGAGCUCUCCAGGUCCACUCAUUUGUCGAGCAUGACUCAAGCACGGACAUGACUGAGGAUGUGUCACAGUCCACUGCUACCAGUACCAAACCUGAUAAUACUAUAGUGCUCACAACAAAAGUGCCAACAUUACAUAACCAAAAAUUAAACACACCAUUAUCAGUUUCAUCUGAUGAAAUGAACAAAUCCUCGACUGUUGACUGUCAAAGUCACGUUCGUAAAAGACCUUCCAUGACAGACAGCAGUAAAGAAAUACAGGACUCCAGUAUCCUUGAACCAUUUUCCAAAAGGCCUACACCUGAUUGUCAGGAUUUCAAAAUGUCCAGUCCCACCAAUAUGCCCACAAUGGAAAGAUACAAUUGUGCAGGUGUAGAUGAGUUUAACAAAAGAGACAAUCUGAAGAGUGAUAGUGAUUCUAUGAACUUGAAAAGUAGGGUGAUGGCAGCAAGUGGUGAUGAUCAGGGAAGUAAACUGACCACUGAGAAUUACCAGAUGACUUCAGAGGAAGAAAUUAGGAGUUCAAGAUAUAAAUUAGUGGCUAAUAUUCAUGCUAAAGCAAAUGGGAGUGAAAAAAUACAAAAGAUGGAAGUGGAAGACUCAAAUUCUGAAAAGGACAGUUGCUUACAAUUGAAACGAAAGGUAAUGGUAGAGGAUACAAAAGGUGUUUCAGUAGAUCAUGUGAUGGAAGCAUGUGUUACACUAGAUGAUUUAGAUAUACAGUGCCAGAGGUCAGAAACUAAUGCUAGUAGAACAGAACUGAAGGUGCAAAGUUCCGAUGAAUCCAGACAACAAAACACAGAUGAAAGUGCCAAAAGUGAUCAGUCUGCCACAAGGGAUUAUUGUGAAUCAGUGGACAGUAGACAGUCACCAACAAGAGAGCAGCAGAAAGGGGUCAGUAGUGCUCCAGACAGCCAUCAGACCAAGCUCAACUGUGAUCUCUGCGGAAAAGUGCAAUCGUGCCAGGAAUCUCUUCAAAAACAUGUCCUAUCCCAUGCUCAAGCUAGGCUGUUUGUUUGUGAAAUCUGUGAUGCCAGUUUCAUCUCUCAGCAGAUACUUCAGAGCCAUCUAGUAAUGCACCAACAAAAGGACAAACUGACCACUUCACAGUGACUGUUGCCUAUUUCUGUGUACUAUAAUGGAAUAUCUCAACUUGGGUGAAAUGUUAUGGGACACAUCCGAAAAACUACUUGUAAUGAUGUUAUACUUGUGUUGGUAAUACUGUUGGGUGAUCUUUUCAAAGCAUGUACCUUGAGUAAUCAUUUCCUUUGGCUUAAGUGAAUGAUGAUUUUCUUACCUCAGACAUGUAGUUGAGACUAAGAUUUGAAAAGGAAUGUUACAACAACUUUUCUGGACUAAAUGGAUACUGUUAUCCUGUUUUUGGCUUUGUGUCAAACAGUGCACUGAAUAUGAUGAUAAACAUUAGACCACUAAAUAUUUUAAAAAUAUACUUCCCAACUCUACAGUUAUAACAGAAAAGAGAUAAAUUGUACCCUGCUGUUAAAUCUUAAUAUAAAUCCACAUACGUUUCAUUAUUUGAUUAUUACAUAUCUGUAACAUAGAUACAUUAAUUUUAUUGAAAUGUCUGUUUAGAACAGCCUAAGCAAUCUCUUAAUCUCAAAGGAUAAAUAUAAUGUAUAGAAUGUACUGUACUCUAAAAAUAAAUAGAUAAAAGUGUAGAUUUUAAAAUAAAUUUAGAUUUUUGGAUCCCUAGUACAUGUAUAUACUGUUUGCAUGUACUAAACUUACAACUAAGCAUAAAUAAACCUUGAGUGGGGCUUACACCGAAUUCAGCUCAUGUUUGUUUAGCACUUUGAGUACACCAGAGUUUAGCAUAUAGUUUAAUUAAUUACUGAUAAUAGAAUUCUUACAUGUUGGUUAUCAGUAUAUUGAGUCAGUGAGAAUAAAAUAGUAACUAUUUAAGAAUAUUUUAACAAUUUUUCUUGUGAUGUUCUCUGGCCUACAUUCUCUUCAAAAUACAUCAAUGUGGCCCUCAAGUAAAAAAUAAUUUCUCACCCCUGAUCUAAAUAGUUCUUAAUUAUUAAUAUAUUUUGAAAUUAGGUCAGCCUGCCACAAGAUUUUACUUUCAGUUUUAAUUACGUGACUGAAAGGCAUACAAAUUACAAAAAUUUGUUUUAGAGAAUAUUAGUGUAUGCAAAUAGGCCUAAUAUGUGACUCAUGGAAGGAACUGUGACCUAUUGUGGCAUUAUAUUGGCAUUUACACAGAGACGUUCACAGUCAGUUUAGACAGGCCCAGCCAUAACUAAAACUGGUCCAGUAUACCUAAAAUGUGUUAUCCUAUUUGGUAUCACAUUAUUUAACAUCUGUCACAUGGGAAUAGGGGUUUUAAUUCCCCAUACUGCAAAGCUGCUGGUGGACUUCAGAUGUGGGGUUAAUAGUAUGCCAAUGUGUCACACAGUCCGCUACACCACGUGUAUGCCCAAGCUAUAUAUGUUUGUAAAUAGAACAGUGUGAGUUCCAACCAUAAUGUUCCCUGCCCUCCAUUAAAGAAUUAUCUCCCAAUUAUAUUAUUUUAUUCUUAUUUCUUCUCUGUGUUUGAUGUAAAUCCAGAACAACAGGUUUUGCGAAAGCAGUUCUCAGUCGUCAGAAUCAAAUCUAAGUUGCUAGUUUAUUUUAAUUUAAUACUGUUAUCUGGUUUUCAUGAAAUAGAAUCCUUUACUCUGUAUAAAAAAAGUUUACACAAUACUUAUUGCUCUCAAUACAAACUGUAAAAUGUUCCAGAAAAUUAAUAUUGAAUGGUGGUUGAUAGGAUUUAAUAAAGUUGAAUGGAAUGUAGAGGUGAGUUUAUAUCUGAUGGUGACUCAGCAGUAGAUGAGUAAAGAAAGGAUAGAUACAGGACUAAGAAAACCACAAAAAACAUCUUCCGGGAGAGCCCUACCUACUAUAUAUCCCAUGUGAACUGCUUUGGUCCCAGGAAAUGGUCUGUUUGUUGACUGUUACCUACAUUGUGAUGCUGUCACAACCCAGAAGACCACAACCAACUCUUACUGUAUGUUGUCUGUGUUGAUAAUUCUGUGUGCUAAGAGAAGACUAGUUACAUCUGAGUUGGAAAAUUUUUAUAUUGAAUUAGAGCUUGAUAAUCAAGCCACAUUAACACUGUGAGCCAUCUUUUUAACAUAUAAUUAACUAAAUACAGCACUAUUGUGGAAAGAUUCUCAACUGAACACUUCUAUAUAAAACAAAAACUUCACACUGCUGUGUAUACAAAAAUAUAUUUCUUUUUUUCCCCUUCUUUUUUUCAUUUCUGUAAAGGGCGUGAUACUUUUCGAUACAAAAUAAGAGAAGCAAAACAAAUACCUGUUAGUGCCAGGGCUCAACAAACUCACUUAUUUGCUUGCCUGUGUUGAGUGAAAAACUAGGGCAAACAAGUUAAUCUUUAGUUUGUUUAAUUGAUAAUCUCUCCAGCUUUAUGUUUUGUUUCUCCACAGACACUGAAGAGUAAAUUUUUAACUGAUGUGGGUUUGAGGGAUUUUGUUAACAUGACACUGAUGUGUUUGAAUAGUGGGCUAUAGGAAAAAUAUUAGAAGCACAAUUUGCUGGUUGUUUUUCAUCAUUAUGUGAAUGAUACAUUCUUUGUUUCACUUUUUACUGUUCUGAUACAUGUAAGAUGCUAAGAGCAGCCAAUACACUGUGUUAGGCUAAUUGUAAUAAGUUGUUUGCUGACAAUGAUGGUACAUGACAGCUUUUCUUGUGGAGGAAAUAUCUGAUGAGUAGAAUUUUUCUCUGAGUGGUGAAAUGAAUCAAUUUUUUUUGAGCUGUAAUUGAUUCUGUAAUAUUUACAUGGCAUAUAUUAAUUCUGUAACUUGAUGAAACACGUUACAGAAAUUUAUAUUAGACAUCAAAUUUUAAACCCAAUUCUGAUGUUAACCUUUUACUGUGCAGAGCUGUAUACUAAACAUCUUUAAAUUUUCUCACUUUCUAAUGUUUUUUAAAUGUCUCCAAUGACUGAAUCAUUACACAGCAGCUGGGUUGAUCACUGUCCAUUGUCAGGAGUAUAUUUAAUAUAACAAUAUUGGGAAUUUGCUCUGCUCCAUUGUAAAGUGAUUGGUUGUUAUACUAACAGAUAUUCUUCCUUAUUUUCAGUACAGUAGCAGCAGUUAUAGACCUUCAAACCUUUUGGAGAUGUUUACACCAGAGAUUGCUAGCUGUAUGCCCACAGGCAUCAUUGUACCUGAGAGCAUGUGAGAACUUUCAUGUAAGCAGCUGAGGGACGGGGAGUUUGAUCAUUGUUUAUACCUUGCCAUAUCUGGAGUAAGGUUAAAAGCAUACACUGCAUAUCCUUAAAAGUUGGUGCUUUUAAAUGAAAAAUGUUUUGGUGGGAGUAUAAACAUAUGGUGCCCAGUUUGAUUUUAAAUAUCGUUCUAGUUGCCCUCACCCAUAAGAGAUAGCAAUCUCUGAUCUAACACAUAGUUAAAAGACACAUAUAUGGCAAGCUUAAUUUAUUACUGAAUAACAGUUAUGACCCAAUAAAAUUUCUGUGUUUAUGGUACAAACAGUAAAUAUCAAUUAUCAGAUCUGCAAAACUGUUACAUUAAUAAAAGAAACAAUAUAGUAUUUGAUAAUGACAUGGAGAAAAAUAUAAUUAAAAAAUUAUCAUUUGGUGCAAGUCAGUGCUUUGAAAUGAUCACUCUCAUAAUACUAAAUGUAUAAUUUGCUCAUGCAGCUUGAUUCAAAUCUCUAACAUUGCUGUUCUUUCUUAUACAUUAAGUAUUUUGUGUACAAUUUUGGAAUUAUGUCUCUUGUUUGAAUUUUAUAAAACAAGGAAGUCUUAUGAUUGUUAUAAAUAGUUAUGUUGUUGUUUUCUUGAGAUUGUUACAAAAAUAUUUCUUAGUGAUCAUGUUUUGAAAAUGACACUAAUUAACUUCAGCUGUCACCUAGCAAGACUUCCUACAGAAUACUGUCCAUUAGUUGCCAAAAGUUUUUAUCCACCCCCUCUGAUUCCUUUAACCUGCUUCAGUAUUGAGUGGGAUCUUUUUAAAUGAAUAACACAGAAAUGUAUGCAUGCAAAGUUUUGUAAAAUUUAUGGCUGAUAAUGGCUUCAAGUUUUCAUAUUUGUACAGAAAAGAAAUAUUCGCAGAAAAUACUGAGAAGCCAUGUUGUUGAAUGUAGGCAUUUUUUACAUAUAAUAAGAGAGGACAUUAUUUCUGUACAUAUUACCCAUGUUUCCUAGUAGAACAGUUUUAUGAUAAAAUAUUAUAUAUAAAUGCUAUUUAAAAUUAUAAAUAUCAUUAUUUUGUAAAUAUGUAUUACCGAAAGAAUUUUUUGACAAAAUAUGGCAUACCUAUUUCCCAAAACUGGCUUUUACCCAACACACAAAACCCACAUAAUUUUUAAGUCAUACUGUAAUUGCAACUUAGACACACUGCAGUAUGCACUGGAUUUGUAAACUGUGUAUUCCUUUUAUAUGUAAACAUUUGUAAUCUUUUGACUUCACUAACUUGUGUAGAAUCAAUCUGGAACCUCUUUAUUUUUUAAAGCAGUGGUCUCCAAAAUGUUCUACCUGAAGACAUAAGUUUUUUUGUAAACUUUGAUCGAUUUGAGCCAUAACAACAGGUAGAAUGGUUGUCAUUAAGAAGCAUUUUCUGUACUACUUCCUUAAGGGUCCAUAACCCUGUAUCUUUUAUGACAGAGCGUGGUUUCCAGAAGAAAGUGUCUGUAGUAUUUCUAACCUGUGUUACACAAGUAACUGAGAUUUGAUAUUGUUUCAGGGAUGUGAAACAUGUCUUAGAAAAUAAAUUGCCCAUAAAGUAUGUUCUGGGUUUGGGGCAGAUAAUGCAAACUUGAAUUUUAUUAGGAGUCAAUAGUGUUAUGUUAAAUGACUGCAGAGAGGUGGUCAGAAAUACUGUAGCUUUUGUUCUGAACUUCUGCCCAGAGGGUCAUACAUAUCAUGCCCACACUACUGCUACUUUGGAAUUUAAACCUUUGUUUAUGUACAAAGGCAGUGAAUGAGACUAUAAUUUUUAAGUUCAUGCUCCACAACUAAAUCAGUAAUGUUGUUGGGUGUACAUGUUAUUCUUGUUUACAGUAGGAAAGUAAUCGUUUCUCAGAGAAAAACUAUAUCAUUACUGUUCAAAACUUCAGGAAGGUUAGUUUCUGAUGGAGAGUGAAAACUUCAUUGAAAUAUAUAUAACUGAAGAUUUCUGUCUUCAUACUCACCACUGUCAAAACCUCAAAUCAUGCAUACAUAUAACUGGCUAUGCAAAAUGCAGAAAGAAGAAAUGGGAUAGUACAGAGUCAUUGAAAAAGAACUCCCUACAUUCAAUGUACAAUAACUUGUGAAAUAUGAAACAAAAUGAGAUCCCUUUUUAUAUCUGCAGAAACUCAGUUUUCUGCCGUCCUUACCGAGUCUUGAUUUGAGCACUGUUUGUAGUCCCGUAGACAUCCAAGAAGUAUUCCAUUUUGUCUGUUUUAUGAUUAAGCAUGUCUGAAUUAUAUGUCACAAAUUAAAUGACAUCUUUAACUUUAAAACUAGUACUAGUUCUUUUUCAAUAACCCUGUUUUUGGUAGUAACUCUUUCUGGUACCAGCCUUAUGUGUGGUAAUAUAAUUUUGCUUUUAAUACAAAUUCCAAACACUCAGCAGUUACCUGGCAUAACAUGUGUCCCCACAGGUUGGAGACCACUCAACUAAGCUAAUGUAUCUACAAGGCACACUGUUCCUUUCAAUACGUGUGGACAGCUUGAGAAAUACUGUUGAACACAGGACUUAAUUUGUGAUUGAACACAGAACAUUUACAGAAAGUGUUAAUUAAUUUAAUUGAAGUAAGAUGGAAAGAAAGAGGUAAGGAAUGAAUACAAAAGGUUCAGCCACUUCCCACAGGAAAUAUGUAGUGAAAUUAUUUACCGAGUUUUAAAAAAAUGGAUACAGAGAAAAUGUCAAAUUUCAAGUCAUGUUCAUUUGGCUUGAAAAUUUACAAAAUCCAUCUUACAGAAUUAUUCAGGUUUAUAUAUGGACCUAGGUUUUAAUAUAUCUUGGACCAAAUAAAACACGUGAAUAUCUCUGAAAGCAUAUUGGAUACAUAUUCUUACAUUCUUUCAAAUGAAGUGGGGAAUUUUGUGGAAAUCCAAUGUGUCAUCAGAACAGGCUGCAACACCCAGGGACCAAAUACACAAACAAGAUGAAUACUUAACAGACCAUUUACAAAAUAAGAGGCACUCCUUAAUACAACAGAGAUUUGUUGACUGGGCACUUUUAUUUGGGAAUAUGUAAAUAUGACUAAAUAAAAGAAAUUGGAAAUACAGGGUUUUAAAGAAAUUCAACACUGUGUGGGGAGUCUGAUUCUAAUAUUCAACGUGCAACACUAACUGAAAUGUCCCGUAUAAACUGUAUUGACUUAGAGGAGUGUACUUUAUGUCAGAUAUCCAAAAUCUGCAGCCAUUUUGGCAUGUAGCCAAUGUCUGGUCUAAUAUUUUAAUUUGUUAUAUUCUUGCCAAGCAUUGUUGAUAGAAGUGGAUGCCACCACGUGAUAUAUGUCAUGGCUACCUGGCACCCAGAAUGUGUUAAGUCGUGCAUUAUGUGAAUGCGAAUUGCAAAGCUGGUUGUUAUGUACCAUGCAAAAGAUGAAGUGAAAUAUGUAAUGUGACAUAGGCAUAUGAACUGAAGAAGACUAACCCUUCCCAGGAAUUAAUCCAGAGGCCUUGUAAAUAUAAAGAGAAGACACUUUAUCAUGGAGCAAACUUCAAUGCACUUCUGCAUUUAAUACUAGAACUACAUGAUACAGUGCAAGUUAUCCUUUAAUUAAAAUAAAAUUUAUUUUGUUACAUCAUUCAGUUGCUGUUCUGAACAUGUGUCUGGCUGUUUCCAUAUAAGUCUCAGAGUAUCAAUGCAUUAGCAAAUGCCAUGUAUCAACAGUAGUUCCUUAACUGAGCAGCACAGUACAUUAUGUGUCUCGGAAAAGACAAACAUUCCAUGUACAUAAAACAUGAUACUUCACCAGCCAUGAUGAUAUUAAUAAUAUGGUCAUCUGAAACGUAAGCAAGAAUCCAACUUCUACAGGUGCAGAAUCAAUAAUGAAUCACCAUUAAAGCUUAUAAUCAGGAUAUUCUAAAAUCUGUUUGAUAGAUCACAUGUUAGAGCACAUGUGCUUUAUCAUCAUAUUGAUUUUUCAUGGCCUGAUUCUCAUCAACUUUGUCAUACAUUUACUUUUAUUAUUGAAGAAGGUAACCACCCAUAUUUCUGAGCAAACAAAUGGAAUAUCGUGUGUGAUUUAUAUGUUGAUCAACAAAAGUAUCUGUAUAAUAUCCACAAAAAUCUUGUUAUUUCAUAGUUGUUUCUGUAUACAAUCUGAUGAUUCUUCUGUUUAUUGAACUAAACUUUAUAUACUUGUUAUGUAAAGGAUUAAAACAUACCAUUUUCUGAGAUACUGUGCUGUAGAUAUUUUAAUAAUGAAAGUACCAUGUAAAAUUACAUUUUGAUGUCUGGGUCUAGUUUAUGAAUCUUACAGUAUUUCUCAAGUUGUUUUGGAUAUAUUUACCCUACAUAUGUUUAAUGGGAUCUUCAAAAUAUGCUGAAUUGGUAUCUUCCAGUGAACAGUAUUAUGCAUCAAAACAUGAAAUCACCACACACAUAUAAGUAUAUUGCACGAAAACUAAUUAGUUUUGUAAGAACCUAUUUGUAAGGCUUCCAGAUAAUGUGUGGGGAAAAAUUGCUCAGAUUGAAAGUUAACCCAGCUUCCUUGUUAUUAAUUACAUGGUAACAUAUUUGUAUGUCCUCUUGAAAAAUUAUAACCCAUACAAACUUUGAGUAAUUGUGUUUCAUGAAUGUUAUCAUGUUACUAUUUCUGCUGUAAUGACAUAGGAACCUUAAAAGAAACUGAUUGUAUGGGCAUUUAUUUUUGACUGAGAAAGAAAAAUAUCCAUCUACAGGUAUUGAUUCAUAUCAGUUAUCAACUACUAACUUCUAUCACUAUGGACUUGUGACCCCUUCCCUUCUGUCACUACUAAACUAUACCAAUGUUUACCUCAAAAAUGCCUUGAAUGUAAUUAAGUCAUUGCUCUUGAAAAUAUAAACAUGUAAAUCUAGUAGUAACUUUAAAUACAGUUUUGAAAGACUUUGCCUCAUUAA